AUGGAAAGGGAGCGCAGGUCACUGUCCGUCCGCUGCAAUAUGUUAGCCCGCAGAUUUGCACACUGUAAUAAAGAAGUAAAGAUCACGCUUUUCAAAGCAUAUUGCCAGUCGCUUUACACGUGUAGUCUGUGGGUGAACUACACGAGGAAGGCAUACAGUGGUCUGCGCGUCCAUUAUAAUAAUGCAUUUAGGUUAUUGAUGGGGUUGUCUUGGCGGUGCAGCGCUUCAGGUAUGUUCGCCGAAGCGGGGGUGGACUCUUUUGGCGCUAUAAUGCGCAAGCGUAGCGCAUCAAUGUUGCGACGGGUGCGAGCCAGCGCCAACACCAUCCUGGGCGCAUUGACGGAUAGUUUUGACUCGCCGAUAAUGGAGCACUGGAUACGAAUGCACACAGUCAAGUAG